ACCAGGCACCUGUGUCGACCCUGUCAUAACCGUGAGAAGGCUAGAGGUCUGGGGAAGUACAUCUGUCAGAAAUGCCAUGCCAUCAUCGAGGACAGCCCCCUCAUCUUUAAGAACGACCCCUACCACCCCGACCACUUCAACUGCAACAACUGUGGUAAGGAGCUGACAGCAGAUGCCAGGGAGCUGAAGGGAGAGCUGUACUGUCUGCCCUGCCAUGAUAAGAUGGGGGUGCCGAUCUGUGGCGCCUGCAGGAGGCCCAUCGAGGGACGCGUGGUCAACGCCAUGGGCAAGCAGUGGCACGUCGAGCAUUUUGUGUGUGCUAAGUGUGAGAAGCCGUUCCUUGGACACCGCCACUAUGAGAGGAAGGGUCUGGCCUACUGUGAGACCCACUACAACCAGGUAAUACAGCUAUGAUCUGACUGUGAGACCAUCUACAGCUGAGACUCACUACAACCAGGUAAUAAAGCUAUGAUCUGACUGAGACUCACUACAACCAGGUAAUAAAGCUAUGAUCUGACUGAGACUCACUACAACCAGGUAAUACAGCUAUGAUCUGACGGUGAGACCCACUACAACUGAGACCCACUACAACCAGGUAAUAAAGCUAUGAUCUGACUGAGACCCACUACAACCAGCUAAUAAAGCUAUGAUCUGACUGAGACCCACUACAACUGAGACCCACUACAACCAGGUAAUAAAGCUAUGAUCUGACUGAGACCCACUACAA